AAGCACCAUCAAUGUUUACUUCCGGUUUUGUUUUCUUUCGAUCGCACGGAAAACGAUGUGAAGACAAUUUUUCGCAUAUAAGCCUAUUGUUGACAUAAGAGGAUUAAGUUGGUUAUCCAAGGAUCCUCAAAGAGUAUAUACCACAUUAGUGUGACCAUGUCGUUCCAAGUUAAUGCCCCACCAUCGGUGGUGGCGAAACUGGUGAAGUCGGAGAUGUCGGUGGAGGGGGAGCCAAAGAAACAGUCACGAGAGGACUGGAAGAAGAUGAAGGAACUGGAGGAGAUGAGGAAGGCUGGUACAGCUCCUGCCAUGCAGGACGAAGAGGGGAAAGACAUCAAUCCACACAUUCCACAGUACAUCAUGCAGGCUCCCUGGUACUUUGGUGCCAAUGCUCCAACUCUUAGACAUCAACGGCAACAGGGAGAGAGCAUCGGGGACUCCUCCAUACAGGAAGAAUGGAACAAGAGAGGGUUGAAGGAGGGUCCUGUAGCAACAAAGUUUAGAAAGGGAGCUUGCGAGAACUGUGGGGCCAUGACGCACAAGAAGAAAGACUGUCUGGAGAGACCGCGCAAGGUUGGUGCCAAGUUUACAGGAGAGAAAAUAGCUCCUGACGAGUACAUACAGGUCUGUCUGUCUCACGACUACGAUGGCAAACGGGAUCGCUGGAAUGGAACCGACCUGAUGGAACAUCAGAAUAAACUCAUCACAGAGUUUGACAAGAUUGAAGAGGCCAAACGUACACUGAAAGAACAGAAGCUGGAUGAGUCCAUCAUGCAUGACAGAGAAGACGGGGGUGACAAUGAAGACAAGUAUGCUGAGGAAAUGGACAUGCCAGGUCAGAAGUUUGAAACCAAGCAGAGAAUCACAGUCCGCAACUUGCGUAUCAGAGAGGACACGGCCAAGUAUUUGUACAACUUGGACCCCAAUUCAGCCUAUUAUGACCCAAAGACCCGAUCCAUGAGAGAGAACCCAUACAAGAUCAAUGCUGGCAAGGAUGGACUAGAUGCUUUGUAUGGUGGGGACAACUUUGUGAGGGGAUCUGGAGAUGCACAUGAUAUGGCAAAACAGCAGAUGUUUGCGUGGGAGGCGUUCGAGCGUGGGACGGAUGUGCACCUGCAGGCAGACCCCACAAAGCUGGAGCUGCUGCACAAGGAAUACAGCACCCGCAAACAAGACUACAAGAAGUCAGCCAAGGACAGCAUCAUCGACAAGUAUGGAGGACAGGAGCAUCUGGAGGCACCACCCAAACAACUCCUGCUGGCCCAGACGGAGGACUAUGUGGAAUACUCUCGACACGGAACUGUCAUCAAGGGCAUGGAGCGGGCCAAGGUCAAGUCGAGAUAUGAGGAAGACAUCUACAUAAAUAAUCACACAAGUGUAUGGGGGUCGUACUGGCGAGAUGGCCAGUGGGGGUUCCGGUGCUGUCACGCUGUCAUCAAGGAGUCCUACUGUACAGGGGAGGCAGGCAAGGAGGCAGAUGGGAUGGGUGGUUUGAUAGCGAUAGAGAAUGGGCAGAUUGAGGAACCACCAAAGUCACUUGUUGAGGAACACCAAGAGAAAAUGGCUGAAAAGAAAAAGAAGAAGAAGAAGAAAGAGAAAAAGAAGAGGAAGAAGAAGCACAAGAAGCGACACAGUUCCAGUGACAGCAGCUCUGAGUCAGAGGAUGAUGAAGAGAAGCUGAAGAAGGCAUUACAACGUGAGGCGGAGCACCAGCGCAGUGCAGAUCGGCUUUUGGCAAUGGAUGAACGGAAGCGCCCCUACAACAGCAUGUAUGAUGCAAAGGCACCCACGGAGGAGGAGCUAGAGGCAUGGAAGAUGAAGAGGCAGCGAGAGGAAGACCCCAUGGCAGCAUUCCUGUGAUUGCUAAUGCAGUUGUUGUAGCUUACAGGAAGCUGUUAUAGCAGGACUUGGCAGAUGCUGGUAUUUCUGAUCUGAUCAGCCUCAUGGGGGCCUCUUCAUCAAUGUAAAGGAUUCACUGACAGCGUGAUAUGUGAACAGUGUUGGCGUUAUUUGUAGGUGAUGUCAUGCUGGUGUUGGACAUGGAGUACCUGGGAAUUGACUAUAUCUGGAUAAACUAUUACUGUGUUGAUGCUAAUGCAAAAUAAUUAGUUAUUACACCAUGUUUAUGUUAUUCAUUGAAUUUCAUUGUAAGGAUGUAUUUCAGAUUAUUGUUUCUGAAUUUUUGAAAUGCCCGACACAGUAAACUGGACUAAUAACAACUUACACAUAUUUCUUCCGAUGCUGUGUAAACUUCAGAUGAUCUGCCAUGAUUUGUCAAUGGUGUUAACAACUCCCACAUAAACAUGAUAAAGCUUCUUACAACCUGCAGCUUUGUGGUAGUGUUUGGACACCAUGAUCAGUGUGGGUGGAGUAUUCCUGUCUGUAUAAUAUUCUGCUCACAUGAAGUCGGGGAUAUUUAUUUUCUUAUCACACCCUGAGGUGAUUCCAUGUCCCCAGCACCUCAUGCUCACACAAUGGACAACUACUGAGGGUUUGGAGGCUGGUUGUGUGACCCCAGUAGUGUGGGAUGUUGCUCAUCAUGCUCACACAAGGGACAACUACUGAGGGUUUGGAGGCUGGUUGUGUGAUCCCAGUAGUGUGGGAUGUUGCUCAUCGUGCUCACACAAGGGACAACUACUGAGGGUUUGGAGGCUGGUUGUGUGACCCCAGUAGUGUGGGAUGUUGCUCAUCGUGCUCACACAAGGGACAACUACUGAGGGUUUGGAGGCUGGUUGUGUGACCCCAGUAGUGUGGGAUGUUGCUCAUCGUGCUCACACAAGGGACAACUACUGAGGGUUUGGAGGCUGGUUGUGUGACCCCAGUAGUGUGGGAUGUUGCUCAUCGUGCUCACACAUGCUUAUUUGUCUGGCCCAGAUGUGAUUGUUUACUGUGGAGUGUUUCUAAGAGCAAAAUAAACUAACAUUCACUCUCUCAGUCUUUCAAUGUUAGUUGUUUCACAGCUAAUGUUAAUAAAAACAGCUACAGUAAGGGAUGUUUCACAGUUUGAUUUUAUAUACCGAAUGUUGACAAAAUGUCACAAGGUUCACAAAUGAUCUUUGACUUGCCUCACUUGAUAUGUUUUGCAAAAAACAGCCAGGAAUGAAAUCAGUGUCUUCAAAUGGAAACAGUUGUAACCUUUUGAAAGUGUCCUUCUUGAAGUUUAGCACCUAGUGUCUUCACCAUCAAUCCAUACUGACAAUCCUGUUUACUGGAUUGGUUUGUAAAUACAUUGUACUUGGAUGAACAGGGCUGUUGAUACUGAACGAUGUCUGAAUGUCACGUGAGCAUUAACCAGCCGCAUCAGCGAAAUCGUAGUUGUAAUGUCAAGACAUGUGACCUCCAAAAUGUUCUGUAGCCCUAGAAAAGAUAUUUAGAUUCUACAUGUUCUAGUUUUCAGUUGUUAAAAGGGACUACUGUGAUAACUUAAUGUCCUCUACCUUGUUGUAUAUCACAGCAUCAUUGUUAUUUUCAUUUAUUGUUUAGUGUCACACUCAGCCUCAUUCCAGCUACAUUACAGUCCAGACCAGACAAACCAGUGAUUGAUAAUAUGAGCAAUGGUACUCGCCAUCAUGUAUGAUGAUGCACAUUCAUACAAAUCACCAGGUCUCCAAGCCUGACCACAUGAUUACAGCCUCAUCAUUAAGACAAACACUAUAGUAAUAACUGUUGUCAAACUUUUGACUCUACUCUCAAUACAACUGCUGUCUGAAAAGACAUAUCUGUUUCUUUAGCAGCAGAAUCUGAACAAAGAAGAGCAACUGCUUGUUUCCUUACAUCUUUUUAUUGCACUUGCAUCUGUUAGAGUCAAGCCAGGACUUGUGAUGACAAGUAUGAUGUGUUAUGAUUCAUCAUAAUUCCAUGCUAUUAUGCAUGCAGUUUUAUGUGCAUCCAUAUUCGUUGAUUUGAAAAUGUACAUAUUAUGUGUAUAUAAUGUGAAUAAAUUUUUAUAGAUA